AUGAGUUUAGAAGUUGUAAGAUGUGAGACAAAAGAUCCAGAUAGAGGAACCUUCGGGGUUAGUGGAGAUACAGGCUCUGGGUUUCAGGUUCUAGGUUCUUGGUGGUAUUUUCUGAGGGAGUGGGUUAUGGCAUAUGAGGGUAUGAAUUACGGGGUUUGGUUUAGGUUAGGGGUGUUUGAAGAGGAGUGA